CAGAAGGCAGAUCCGCUCCGCCCCUUCCUGCGGGAACCAGGCAGUUGCCGCCAUGCCGCCCCGCAGGGCGCACGCUGCGGCGUUCGCGUCCGCCGCCCGCGUUCUGCUGCUGCUGCCGCCGCUGCUGGCGUUGGCGAGCGCGGGGUUGAGCGGCUACUUUGGCACCAAGUCUCGCUACGAGGAGGUGAACCCGCACCUGAUGGAGGACCCGCUCUCCCUGGGUCCCUCCGCUACUGGUUCACGACUGCCCGCCGCCUGCGCGCCGCUGCAGCUCCGCGCCGUGCUCCGCCACGGCACCCGCUACCCCACGACCGGGCAGAUCCGCCGCCUGGGCCAGCUACACGCCCGCCUCCUCCGCCGGCCCGCCGCCGACUGCCCCGCUUCGGCCGGGCUGGCCUCCUGGCAGAUGUGGUAUGAGGAGAGCCUCGACGGGCGGCUGGCGCCGCAAGGCCGGCGGGACAUGGAGCACCUGGCCCGCAGGUUGGCCGCCCGCUUCCCCGCCCUCUUCGCCGCUCGCCGCCGCCUGUCGCUGGCCAGCAGCUCCAAGCACCGCUGCCUGCAGAGCGGUGCGGCCUUCCGACGCGGGCUCGGGCCUUCCCUCAGCCUCGGUGGAGACGAAGUCGAGGUUGAGGUUAACGAUUCCUUGAUGCGAUUUUUCGAUCACUGCGCCAAGUUUGUAGCCUUGGUGGAAGAGAACGAGGCGGCGAUGUGCCAGGUGAAUGCCUUCAAAGAGGGGCCGGAGAUGAAGAAGGUCUUGGAGAAAGUAGCGAGUGCCCUGUGUUUGCCGGUGGAGGAGUUGAAUGCAGAUCUUGUUCAAGUGGCUUUUCUCACCUGCUCCUAUGAGUUGGCUAUAAAAAAUGUGACCUCUCCAUGGUGUUUGCUUUUCACUGAAGAAGAUGCCAGGGUGCUGGAAUACCUGAAUGACCUGAAGCAAUACUGGAAGAGAGGAUAUGGCUAUGACAUCAAUAGUCGCUCCAGCUGCAUUUUGUUCCAGGAUAUUUUCCAGCAAUUGGACAAAGCAGUGGAGGAGAGUAAAAGCUCAAAACCCAUUUCUUCACCUUUGAUUGUACAAGUUGGACAUGCAGAGACACUUCAGCCUCUGCUUGCCCUCAUGGGUUUCUUCAAAGAUGAGGAGCCCCUCAGGGCAAACAAUUACGUCAGACAAAUGCAUCGGAAAUUCCGCAGUGGCCGCAUUGUGCCUUACGCAGCCAACUUGGUGUUUGUGCUCUACCACUGUGAUCAAGUGAAAACCUCUAAAGAAGAGUACCAAGUGCAGAUGCUGUUGAAUGAAAAAAUGCUGGUGUUUCAUCACUCAAAUGAAACCAUCUCUACUUACAUGGACCUCAAGGACUAUUACAAGGACAUCCUGGAAAACUGCCACUUCAAAGAAGAGUGUGAAUUACCAAAAGCUAAUAUUACUUCUGUUGAUGAACUCUGAGGGAGUAAAACUGAGUGGGUGUUCUGGAAAUUGAUCUAGGUUCUGUUGGACAUGUUAUGAACAAGCACUUUCGAUGACUGGCUGCUACAGUGUUGACUUCCUAAACUUGCAGAUUUGAUGAGUUGUCUCAGCUCAACAUGCUGGUUAUUUAUUACUUGAGCAGAAUUACAAAAACAAACUCUAUAACAGGAAUGUUGAUGAGCAUUUUUACAAAUACGUGAUGCAAGAUUGUUUGUAUGUAUGAAUAAGUAAUCUCAUUGGUCAUUCCUUUUACAAAUGUGCUGUAGUUGAAUUUAAGAGCUGGAGCAAGUUCUGUGUUAUCAGAAUUGAAGGUGGCUGGGCUGAUUAAGUAUUGCUUUGUGCUGACUGUUUUGCCAAAUGUUGUUUUCCUGUGACAGGCAUGAAACAAUUCAAACCUGGGAGCUUUUUUCCACUUUUUCUGAGCUUCUAGAAGAGAGGGCAGGUACAUAGUCCUCCAGACCUGCCCAAUGUGUACCUGGACAGCAGUAUUCAAAUGUGGCAUGGGCAUGCCACAUUACUUGGGCAUGUAAAAGAGGAGAAGCUGCAGUGUGUGUGCCUUACCUUUCUGAAAAGGUUUUAGGAGUUCAGAUUCUUAAAGUCAUCAAUCCAUCCUGCAUAGCAAGUUAGCCCCCAGGGUAAAUUAUCUUUAAAAAUAAGAAAUAAAAAAUUUAAAAAUUGAGGGAAUGGGAAGUAGCCACUCUUCCUUUAAGAUGGUAUGGGAGAUGCAGCAGUUGUUCCCUGUAUCCUUUUACUGUGAUUCUGUGACAACAUCAAUUUUUUAUGUUGGGUCUGGGCUCGGGCAUUCAUGGUAGACUCUACUAUAGCUGUGAAAAUCUUGGUCCUGUCCAAAUGCUGGCAGUUUUUCUUGGCAGCUUUGGUUGGAAGGUACCUCUGGGAGUCUCCAGUCCAGCCUUGUGCUUGAAAUGGGAUUAUUGCUAACCCUAAAUCCAUGCAGGGUUUGGGCUGUGUAAGCUCUCUGGCUGACACUUUUCUGCUAGCUUUAAGGCACCAACCCUGGAGUUGCUUAUGUAGGCCUUAUACCUUUGAUGUGCCAUCCUGUUCUAGAAAUGAAUUGUGUGCCAGUACUGGUGAUCUUCUAAAGCAGCUGCACUUAGUGAACAUAGGGUCACUUGCUGCUGAAAGCUGGAAGGUAUUUUAGAGCUCUGCAACAGGGCAGAAAAAGGAAAAAUUAAGAUAAUACUCCUGAAAUGUCUGAAAAGCAGUGUCAGAUAAAAACUCCUUCAUUGCCCAGAAGGGAAUGGCUGUGUGAAUAUGUUGUGCCAAAGCAAGUGAGGGUGUGGAGUCACAGUGCUGCUGGUAGCUCUUGAAGUAGAUAUUCACUCACACCCUGUGAUGAGUGUUCCAGAGCUCACCCUGUAAAGUGAGGCAUAGUUUGCUGGUCUGCUAGGGAGGGGUGAAAGGUUGGUGUAAGCAAUUAAGUUAAACUUAGUUUAUAAUUGGUUUAUUUUUCUUGAGGACUGGGACUUCUGUCAGGUUUUUUUUAAUUAUUAAUACAGCUGGUAUAAAAGCAAUUAAGGUUUGCUUAUUUGUAAGUUGAGGAGUAACCAAAAACUUGGUUUUUUACUGUUAUACUCUGAAUUAAGGGCUCUUCCCCUUGUUGAGACAGGAGUUCUUCUUUCAUUAGAGACCAUGGUUCUGAUUACUGAAGGUACUGAUUAAAACUGGUGGGUAUUUCAGCAUUGACAUCUUGGUGGAAUACUUACCUGUGUUAGCCCUUCAGAUCGUUUUCUGAAGCUGGUGAAAUGCUUAGGGAGGAGUACUUAUGCUGAAACAAAUGUAGGGCUAUAGGUCAGGGUAACUGGUACUGACAUAUCAGACUUUUACUGCUGUAUCAGCUUUGCAUGCCUCCAUGAUCCUACUUUGAGACUAAGUCAACUGAUUAUAGUUACUGUGACAGAAGCCUCUUACAAACUUCAUUGCAACAUCUGAGGCAACCUACUAAGAAACAAACCUUUGUUUGAAGACAUGUAAGUUUGGUAAAUAGCAGGCACAAGGGUGAGAAAAUCCACCUUUGAACAAACACUGUUUUCUGUGAGUCACUGAUCCUGAGAUGAUUCACAAUUUGAACAGGAGGGAUGAAAGCCUUGAAGGUGACUGGAGGAUUUCUGCUUGUCAGUUCACUGACACCGAUUUUAAGACAUUAUGUUUGAUAAAAGAUACAUCCUUCUUCCUAGUGGAGAAGGAAUACUUUGCACUUGGCUGCUUUUUUAUCGUGUGUCAGAUGAGGUGGAAGAGCCAAAAAAAAUUCUUUCUACCAUGAAGCAUCAUUUACUUCUGCAUCAUCUGGCUGAUUGCAUGCUUAAAUUGUGUCCAAAGGGCUUCAAGGGUGACUCUGUUUCCUAUUUUGCCUUGGAGUACCUCCAGCAUAAUGGAUGUCUCUUCAGUGGCUGUUAGCAAUUAGCUGAAAAGGAAAAUGUUCUGUUUGGGUUUUGGUCUUCAAGCAUGCACUGACUCACUUCUGUGGCAGAAUUAGAGGCUGAAUGUGGGAACUUUGCACAGCUGUAGGUAUAGAAGUCUGUGGACAUGUAAGGGUUCUAGGCACUUGUUCACAGACAUGACUGGUUCUUACCAUUAGGGAGGCAACUUCAGUAUGACCUUUUCUUUUACCAGUAAAUAAACAAUUUAUUUAAGUAUUAAAAAGGAAAAUUAAAAUGGAUCAAAAUGUUGACCUAAACUUGGACACCAGCUCUGUGAGCAGUGUUUGAACAGGCUGCUGUGUAUCAAGGCAUUGCAGAUUACCACAUCCUGAAAAAGUCCUGCAAGAAAAAUAGUGUUUUCUCUUCCUUCAUGUGGCUCUGUACAAAAUGCCUCAUCUCAGCCAUUCAUUGACAUCUUUGCAACUUUUCUAAACUGGAAUCUUUCAUUAAUGAAAAAUAAUAACAGUGUUCUUGGUUCCUGGUCUAAAUAUACUUGAAAUGUGUUUUAUUUUGUUAAAUGUCUAAAGCUUCACUAAUCUUUUCUGGCAAAUUAAUUUUUUUCUCCUUGCCAGUUCUGCUGCUGUCAUUCUAGUUGGCAUCAAGCUGUCAGAUCACUGGACACAAUGCAAAUUUGUAAUGUAAUGGUUCUAACUGGAUGAAUUUUGAAAACUUCUUUUGGAUUCUUAGUGCUGUGAAAUAAAACUGCAUACUUUUCUUCAUCUCCUUUAUAAGCAGUAAUAAUGACAUGAUCUUUAGUAUCAUAGCUGUGUUCUUUGAAAUAUAUUUGGUUGUUAGUGCUUGCA